UAGAGUUUUCACGACGACAGAACGGAUAUACAUAAUACGAUUCGUGCAGACGACAUGGAGAAGGUUGACAGCCGACAAGUAGGGCCGGAUUGCGACAGGCAGAUGACAUUUACAGGUGUGGCGGUCGGAUACGUUUAUAACUACCCACCUAUUGCUCACUUGGAAGGAAACAUAAACUCUUCUUCAGCGUUUUCUACUCAACUUUAUAAAUAAUUAAUCAGUGUCUUAUCAACUUUAUAAAUAAUUAAUCUUUAUUUAUUAUCUUACGGUUGAAAAAAAAAAAUGACCGAGGUGGAUCUUAUCGGGCAGCAGGCGGUGAAGGGUGGGGUGGGCGACAGCGACAAGUGGAUUACCAUACAGCAGAACACGUUCACGAACUGGGUGAAUCUUCAGCUGCACGGCACGGAGCUGCACGUGGAAGACCUGUACACUGACCUGUGUGACGGGGUCAAGCUGUGCGCCCUGGUGGAGGCCAUUCAGAAGAAGAGGGUGGGCAGGGUGAUCAAGAAGCCCAUGAACCAGCACCAGUACCUGGUGAACAUAAGCCUGGCGCUGAAUGCCAUAACCCAAGAUAAUGUCAAGCUCGUCAACAUUGGAAGUAAAGACAUUGUGGACUCGAACAAGACGCUCAUCCUCGGUUUGAUAUGGCACCUCAUCUUGCACUACCAGAUCGGCAAGAUGAAGAUGCUGCCGAAGAAGCUGAUGUUGGCAUGGCUGCAUGCCGUCAUCCCCGACUGCCACAUCAACAACUUCACGUCCGACUGGAACAAUGGCGUCUCGCUGCAUGCACUCAUCGACUACUGCCAGCCUGGUCUGUGUUCCAACUGGAAGUCACUCAGUCCAAAUAACAGACUGGAAAACUGCAGAGAUGCUAUGAUGCUUGCUAAACAGCAUUUUGGGAUUCCGCUGAUCGUGAGUCCGGAAGAUUUCUGCAGUCCUCACCUGGACGAGCUGUCGGGUAUGACAUAUCUGUCGUAUUACAUGAAUGUAGACUCUCCGGGUUACAACGCCACAAAGAGGAAUAUCAACGUGCUGCUCAUGGGGUCGCCUGUUGACAAUUUCACAACUGACUGGAAUGACGGGCGUGUCUUGUGUCGGCUGGUGAAGAAUCUCGGGGGGCGGGUCAAGGGCUGGCCACACCUCAGCAACAACCCUGAGGAAAACAUUGAUGCAGGUAUUGAAGGGGCUAGGGGUCUAGGCGUGGAGCCCAUACUUUCUGCCAAGGAGAUGUCCGAAGCUGAAGUGGAACACAUGGGAAUCAUGGCGUAUGCGGCAUACUUCACCCAGUUAACACCCGUAAAGUCUCUGGCAGAAAAGGCCGUUAUUGAUGGUGAUUUCGCAAAUGUGUAUGUCGGUCAAGAGAAAAGUUUCUGUCUAAACAUCGAUGAUGACGUCUCACCAGGCGACUUCUGCGCCGAGGUCAUCGGCCCAGACUCACUGCCCGCCGUCCACCUGAACUGGACCGGUCAAACCGCACACGCGACCUUCACCCCAUCUGAGACCGGCCAGCACAGACUGAACGUGUACUGUAAUAGCGACCCAAUAGCUGGCUGUCCCGUGAGUUUCCACGUCUCGUCCGACCAUUCUAAAGUCAGUUUCCACCCCGGCGACAGAAGUAUUGUUGGACAUCCCACAGAACUGAAGGUAGACACCUCGGCUGCUGGACAGGGUGACGUGAGGGUGGAGAGUCAAGCGCCCGGUGGUCGGUCCAUGAAUCUGCCAGUGACGUACAGACAGGGCGUCUGCACAGCCAACUUCACACCAGCUGAAGUCGGUAAGUCGGUGUGGGAACUCACGGCUGGCAUUUUGUCGUCGGUUUAG